GGAGAGCGCGGAGUAUCGGCCGUGCGCAGCCCGGCACCCGCCGCCGCAGCGUCCACCCCGCAGCAUCUCGAUCCCGCACUGAGCUGACGACGGAGUGUUACCGACACGAAGCCAUCCGCACUUGUACAGCAACAGGGAGAAGUUAAGAGAUGGAGGACGUGGUGAUUGCAGGCAUUGCAGGAAGGCUGCCAGAAUCUGACAACUUGCAGGAGUUUUGGGAAAACCUGCUUAAUGGAGUUGAUAUGGUCACAGAGGAUGAUCGGAGGUGGAAACCAGGAAUUUAUGGACUGCCCAAGAGAAAUGGAAAGCUCAAGGACCUAAGCAAAUUUGAUGCCUCUUUUUUUGGGGUUCACCCCAAACAAGCUAACACAAUGGAUCCUCAACUUCGCUUGUUGUUGGAAGUUUCUUAUGAAGCUAUUUUGGAUGGAGGUAUUAAUCCGGGCACCCUCCGUGGCACAGAUGCAGGUGUAUGGGUUGGUUGCAGUGGGUCAGAAGCUGGCGAAGCCUUUAGCCAAGAUCCAGAAGAGCUUUUGGGAUACAGUAUGACUGGCUGUCAGCGUGCUAUGCUUGCCAACAGGAUUUCCUACUUCUUUGACUUUAAAGGACCAAGCCUCACUGUUGACACAGCCUGCUCCUCUAGUCUUGUUGCUCUGGAAAACGCUUAUAAGGCAAUUCGUCAUGGGCGGUGCAGUACAGCCCUAGUAGGCGGGGUCAACCUCUUGCUGAAACCCAACACAUCUGUGCAGUUCAUGAAACUGGGUCUGCUUAGUCCUGAUGGUGCCUGCAAGGCUUUUGAUGCUUCAGGAAAUGGAUAUUGUCGCUCUGAAGCUGCUGUUGUUGUUCUUUUGACCAAGAGAUCUAUGGCUAAGAGGAUCUAUGCCACAGUUGUAAAUGCUGGAGUUAACACUGAUGGCUUUAAGGAGCAAGGUGUGACAUUCCCAUCUGGACAGAUGCAGGAGAAGUUGAUCAGAUCUUUGUACAGCGAAAGUGGUGUCAAACCUGAAGAAGUGGAGUAUAUUGAAGCUCAUGGGACAGGCACCAAGGUUGGAGAUCCACAGGAAGUAAACAGCAUUACAAGUAUCUUCUGUGACUGUGAGCGGGAGCCACUGUUGAUCGGAUCAACCAAGUCAAAUAUGGGUCAUCCAGAGCCUGCCUCAGGGCUUGCUGCAUUAGCUAAGGUCAUUCUCUCUCUGGAACAUGGGCUGUGGACUCCAAAUCUUCAUUUCAAUACCCCAAAUCCAGAUAUUCCUGCCUUACAAGAUGGCUCCCUGGAGGUAGUUUGUAAACCAACACCAGUGAAAGGUGGCCUUAUCGGUAUCAACUCUUUUGGUUUUGGGGGUGCUAAUGCUCAUGUCAUUCUGAGGCCAAAUAAGAACAAAUGCCAACCUCUGGAGACUAGUAACAUGCCAAGGCUGGUUCAGAUUUCUGGCAGAACCCAGGAAGCUGUGGAAACACUAAUUCAAGAGAGCAGAAAACAUGAAGAAUGCAGCCCAUUUGUAAGCCUGCUCAGCGACAUCUCUGCAGUUCCUGUGUCCUCCAUGCCUUUCAGGGGCUACACACUGGUUGGCACUGAAAGUGACAUAAAAGAGGUUCAGCAAGUUCAAGCAUCUGGUAGACCACUCUGGUACAUAUGCUCAGGCAUGGGAACACAGUGGAAAGGCAUGGGCCUGAGCCUUAUGAAGCUGGAUCUGUUUCGCCAGUCUAUAUUGCGUUCAGAUCAGGCUUUGAAGAACACAGGCCUUAAGGUCUCAGAGCUGCUGCUGCAAGCAAAUGAGAGCACUUUUGAUGACACUGUUCAUGCAUUUGUUGGACUGGCUGCUAUUCAGAUUGCUCAGAUUGAUAUGCUGAAGGCUGCAGGUCUGCAUCCGGAUGGGAUUGUGGGACACUCAGUGGGAGAACUGGCUUGCGGCUAUGCAGACAACUCCUUAAGUCAUGAAGAGGCCAUUCUUGCUGCUUAUUGGCGGGGACGAUGCGUUAAAGAGGCCAAAUUGCCACCUGGAGGAAUGGCUGCUGUUGGUCUGACAUGGGAGGAGUGUAAACAACGCUGUCCUCCAAAUGUGGUACCAGCCUGUCACAACUCUGAGGACACUGUCACUGUUUCGGGGCCUCUGGACUCUGUGAAUGAGUUUGUAGCCAAACUGAAGAAAGAGGGUGUGUUUGCAAAGGAGGUGCGCAGUGCUGGCGUCGCCUUUCACUCCCAUUACAUGGCAUCUAUUGCCCCAGCACUGUUCAAUGCUCUGAAAAAGGUCAUUCCACACCCUAAACCUCGCUCAGCACGAUGGAUCAGUACAUCUAUCCCUGAAUCUCAGUGGCAAGGUGAUCUGGCUAGGAAUUCCUCUGCAGAGUACCAUGUGAACAACCUCGUGAAUCCAGUGCUGUUCCAUGAAGGUCUGAAGCAUGUUCCAGAGAAUGCCGUUGUUGUAGAGAUUGCUCCACAUGCUCUUUUACAGGCUAUCUUGAAGAGAACUUUGAAACCAACUUGCACCAUUCUGCCAUUGAUGAAGAAAGAUCACCAAAAUAAUUUGGAGUUCUUCCUAACACAGAUUGGCAAGAUUCAUUUAACUGGGAUAAAUGUUCUUGGAAAUAACUUGUUCCCGUCUAUGGAAUACCCUGUCCCUGUGGGAACACCCCUUAUUUCUCCAUGCAUCAAAUGGGACCACAGUCAGGACUGGGAUGUUCCGACAGCUGAAGACUUUCCAGCAGGUUCCAAAGGCUCUGCAUCUGCUUCAGUCUACAAUAUUGAUGUGAGUCCUGACUCUCCUGACCACUACUUGAUUGGUCACUGCAUUGAUGGCAGAGUUUUGUACCCUGCAACUGGGUACCUCGUGCUGGCUUGGCGAACACUGGCGCGGUCUCUUGGUGUGGCUAUGGACGAAGUGGCUGUUACGUUCGAAGAUGUCACAAUUCAUCAGGCAACUAUCAUUCCCAAAAAGGGAUCAGUACAGCUGGAAGUAAGACUUAUGCCUGCUUCCCACUGCUUUGAGGUAUCAGGAAAUGGGAAUCUGGCUGUCAGUGGGAAGAUUUCGCUCCUGGAAGACACUGCUCAGAACAAUUUCCGUAACCAGACAGAUGGCCUUCGGACUCAAGCAGACAGGAGCUCAAAGCCUGGGCUCUUGAAAGAUGACAUUUAUCAAGAGCUGCAUCUGCGUGGAUAUAAUUAUGGACCAACUUUCCAGGGUGUUCUAGAAUGCAACAGUGAAGCAACUGCAGGAAAAGUUCUGUGGAAUGGGAACUGGGUGACCUUCCUUGACACUCUGCUGCAUAUGCUGAUCUUACCUGAGACUGGCCGCAGUCUGCGCUUACCCACGAGGAUUCGCUCAGUCUGUAUUGAUCCAGUGCUGCAUCGUGAGCAGGUGUGCCAAUACCAGGACAAUAUAGAAGCUUUGGAAGUUCUGGUGGACCGCUGUCUUGAUAGCCUUAAAGCAGGAGGCGUUCAGAUCAAUGGUCUUCAUGCUUCUGUGGCACCACGGCGACAGCAGGAACAGAUACCUCCCACCCUGGAAAAAUUCUGCUUUGUGCCCUACACUGAGAGUAGCUGUUUGUCUUCAAGUGCCCAUCUUCAUGCCUAUCUGGAGCAAUGCAAAGGUCUGAUCCAAAAGUUGCAGUCUAAGGUGGCAGUGCAUGGGGUCAAAUUAGUCAUCCCUGGAGUAGAAAAUGCAGUGGCUGCUACGGGGUCCUCGUCCACACAAAAGGGCCUUCAGCAUAUCCUCGCUGAGAUCUGCCGCCUGGAACUGAAUGGAAACCUCCAUUCUGAGCUGCAACAAGUUGUGGUUCGAGAGAAAAUGCACUUCCGAAAUGACCCUCUUCUCAGUGGAUUGCUGGAUUCUGCAGAGUUGAGGACUUGCCUGGAUGUGGCAUUGGAGAACAUGAUCAGUCAUAGGAUGAAGAUAAUAGAGGCUAAUGCAGGAAGUGGACAACUGUUCUCUCGUGUGAAAAGUAUUCUGAAUGCUCAGCCCCUGUUGCAGCUGGACUACAUUGCCACUGACUGCAUCCUGGAAAACCUUUCAGCUGUUGAAACAGAGUUACAAGAUGCUGGUGUUGUCUCUAGCCGGUGGGAUCCAUCUAGCCCUCCCUCUGGAAAUCUGACCAAUGCUGACCUGGUGGUAUACAACUGUUCAACAAGUGUUUUAGUGAAUACCACUGAAAUACUCUCUAAUUUGGCAGCUGCUGUGAAAGAAGGAGGGUUUGUUUUGCUACAUACUCUUCUUAAGGGAGAAACCCUUGGAGAAAUUGUCAGUUUCCUUACAAGCCCAGAUCUGCAGCAGAAACACAGCUUCCUAAGUGAGGCACAGUGGGAGGACUUAUUCAGCAAAGUUUCAUUGAAUCUUGUUGCCAUGAAGAAGUCAUUCUUUGGCUCAGUUAUUUUCCUGUGUCGUCGGCAAGCUCCUGUCAAAGCACCUGUUUUUCUGCCAGUAGAUGAGACGAACUUCAAGUGGGUUGAAUCCUUAAAGGAGAUCUUGGCUGACGCAUCAGAGAAGCCUGUGUGGUUGACUGCCACCAGUUGUGCGAACUCAGGAAUUUUGGGAAUGGUGAACUGCCUUCGCCUUGAAGCAGAAGGCCACCGAAUCAGGUGUGUGUUCAUUUCCAACUUGAACUCUUCAUCUGCUGUCCCACCCACAAGUCUUUCUUCUCUGGAGAUGCAGAAGAUUGUUCAGAAGGACCUGGUGAUGAAUGUGUAUCGUGAUGGAAAGUGGGGCUCCUUCAGGCAUCUUACAUUGCAGCAAGCACAACCUCAGGAGCUGACAGAAUAUGCCUAUGUGAAUGUGCUAACUCGUGGAGAUCUCUCAUCUCUUCGCUGGAUUGUCUCCCCACUUCGACACUUCCACACAACUGAUCCCAAUGUUUUACUCUGCAAAGUCUAUUACGCAUCUCUCAACUUCCGGGACAUUAUGCUGGCCACGGGGAAGCUUUCUCCAGAUGCUAUCCCUGGUAAUUGGGCUUUGCAGCAGUGCAUGCUGGGCAUGGAGUUCUCAGGACGGGACACGGCUGGAAGAAGAGUAAUGGGAUUGCUGCCAGCAAAGGGGCUGGCCACAGUGGUAGACUGUGAAAAAAGGUUUCUAUGGGAGGUGCCUGAAAACUGGACUCUGGAAGAAGCAGCUUCAGUGCCUGUGGUUUAUGCCACUGCUUAUUAUGCUUUGGUGGUUCGAGGUGGUAUGAAGAAGGGUGAGAGUGUCCUGAUUCACUCUGGCUCAGGAGGUGUGGGCCAAGCAGCCAUUGCCAUUGCCCUGAGCAUGGGCUGCCGUGUCUUUACUACUGUAGGUUCCGCUGAGAAACGUAAGUAUCUCCAAGCAAGAUUUCCACAGCUAGAUGCUAAUAGCUUUUCCAGCUCCAGAGAUACUGCCUUUGAACAGCAUAUACUUCGAGUUACCAAUGGAAAAGGUGUCAACCUCGUGUUAAAUUCCUUGGCAGAAGAGAAGCUGCAAGCCAGUUUGCGUUGUCUUGCUCGACAUGGCCGCUUCUUGGAAAUAGGCAAAUUUGAUCUAUCUAACAACAGUCAGCUUGGAAUGUCUCUCUUCCUCAAAAAUGUGGCAUUUCAUGGGAUCCUACUAGAUUCAAUAUUUGAUGAGGGAAACCAAGAGUGGGAAGUAGUAUCAGAGCUGUUGAAGAAAGGCAUAAGAGAUGGUGUAGUAAAGCCCCUGAGGAGUUCGGUCUUCAACAAAGAAGAGGUAGAAGCUGCCUUCAGAUUCAUGGCACAAGGAAAACAUAUUGGCAAAGUUAUCAUCAAGGUCCAAGAAGAGGAAAAGGAGUAUCCUUUAAGAAAGUCUGAACCAGUUAAAAUCUCUGCAAUCUCCCGAACCUCCUGUCCACCUACGAAGUCCUACAUCAUCACAGGGGGCCUGGGAGGAUUUGGGCUGGAGUUGGCACAGUGGCUAGUUGAGAGAGGAGCACAGAAAAUUAUACUGACGUCUCGUUCUGGCAUACGAACUGGUUAUCAGGCUAAACGUGUUCAAGAGUGGAAGGCACUGGGAAUCAAAGUGCUGGUAUCUACCAGCGAUAUUGGAACACUAGAAGGAACACAGCAAUUAAUAGAAGAGGCUUUGAAGCUUGGACCAGUUGGAGGCAUCUUUAAUUUGGCUGUGGUCCUUAGAGACGGCAUGAUUGAAAAUCAGACCCCAGAAUUAUUCUGCGAGGUCAACAAGCCAAAGUAUUCAGGCACCCUUCAUUUGGAUUGGGUGACUCGUAAGAAGUGUCCAGACCUGGACUAUUUCGUUGUAUUCUCCUCUGUAAGCUGUGGAAGAGGAAAUGCUGGGCAAAGUAAUUACGGCUUUGCCAAUUCUACCAUGGAGCGUAUCUGUGAGCAGCGGCAUCAUGAUGGACUCCCAGGCCUGGCAAUCCAGUGGGGAGCCAUUGGUGAUGUGGGUAUCUUGAUGAAGACAAUGGGAAACAAAGACAUUGUGGUGGGGGGAACAAUUCCCCAACAAAUGAGCUCAUGCCUGGAGGUGCUCGAUGUUUUCCUGAAUCAACCUCAUCCUGUCAUGUCCAGUUUUGUCCUAGCAGAGAAAGUCUCAGCGAAAGCUGAAGGAGGUAGUCAGCGGGAUCUUGUAGAAGCUGUUGCUCACAUCCUGGGGGUCCGUGAUGUGAGUAGUCUGAAUGCUGAGAGUUCCUUGGCUGACUUAGGCUUGGAUUCCUUGAUGGGUGUGGAGGUGCGCCAGACACUGGAGAGAGACUAUGACAUCGUUAUGACCAUGAGAGAAAUUCGUCUCCUUACAAUCAACAAACUGCGUGAACUUUCUUCGAAGUCCAAGACAGCAGAGGAGCUGAAGUCAUCCCCACUGAUGAAGGCAGGCCCAGGCGAACCUCCAAAACUAGAUUUGAACAACUUACUGGUGAACCCAGAAGCACCAACAAUCACUCGUCUAAAUGAUGUUCAGAGCAUGGAGCGCCCUCUUUUCCUCGUUCACCCCAUUGAAGGAUCCAUUGCAGUUUUCCACACUCUGGCCUCCAGACUUCACAUGCCUUGCUAUGGGCUCCAGUGCACAAAAGCCGCUCCUUUGGACAGCAUCCAAAGCCUGGCAGCCUAUUACAUUGGCUGCAUGAAGCAGAUACAGCCUGAAGGACCUUACCGCAUUGCUGGAUACUCUUUUGGUGCCUGUGUAGCCUUUGAAAUGUGUUCCCAGCUGCAAGCACAACAAAAUGCUUCCCAUGCACUCAACAGUUUAUUCCUUUUUGAUGGGUCUCAUUCCUUUGUGGCAGCAUAUACCCAGAGCUACAGAGCCAAACUGACCCAAGGAAAUGAGGCUGAACUGGAGACCGAAGCACUGUGUGUCUUUGUUCAGCAAUUUACGGGCAUCGAACAUAAUAAGCUGCUGGAGGUUCUUCUGCCCCUGAAAGAUCUGCAGGCUCGUGUGAAUGCUGCUGUAGACCUAAUAACUGAGAUUCAUACAAACAUCAAUCGUGAAGCACUCAGCUUUGCUGCUACUUCAUUUUACCAUAAGCUGAAGGCUGCUGACAAGUAUAUACCAGACUCCAAGUAUCAUGGGAAUGUGACACUGAUGCGGGCAAAGUCUCGCAAUGAAUAUGAGGAAGGUCUGGGUAAAGACUAUAAACUCUCAGAGGUAUGCGAUGGGAAGGUAUCUGUCCACGUUGUUGAAGGAGAUCACCGCACCUUGCUGGAGGGAGAUGGUGUUGAAUCAAUUAUUGGGAUCAUCCACAGCUCACUGGCAGAGCCACGUGUCAGUGUCAGAGAGGGUUAACUUCUACUUCCUCACUAUCAAUGAUGAAGAAAAUGCCAACAACAUUCCUAGUUAUGACAGGCCCCAAGGAACUCUUCCUGUUCAACAUCUCAUCUGCUCUGCUGCCAGAGCUGAGAAGUCCAGCUGGACUCAAUUGGUCUUUUUUGUCUCUUUCUUGCUUAUCUUUUCCCACAUUUAUGGGUUCUGUCUCCUUCCUUUCCUAUGGCUGUUUUUCCCCCUAGUCUCCCUGUCCAUGUUAACUGCAGUGCUGUGACUCUGUCACUGUGCACUGCAGUGAGGGUUCCCCACAGGUGGUUGCUUCCUACACCCUUGGCAGUAUAAAAAAAAAAAAAAAAAAAAAAAAAAAAUUAGGAGUAGAUUUCUUGUGCUUUAUGUUGGUUUUGUCUUAACAGUAUUCCAAAGGGUAUGUGAUAGCACUUGUUGACCAAGCCUAGUGAACAGGGAGAGAAGAGGAGCUGCAGCUGAUUUUGGAGAUACUUUUUAUCUAUGAAGAAUCUGUCUGCAGUUUAGGUCAGAAAGAGAAUUCCAUUGAGGGUUUUGUAACUAUAUUUUUUAAUUUGCUAUAUUCUAAGUAUUUAUUGUGUCAAACCAGAGACUUCUUACUUGGUUUUAAUUUAUUGUGGGUUAUAGGAGCAAAGAAACAUCCUUUGUUGGAGGGAAAGGUUUAUUCUACAAGGGAAAGUUGCCCAUCUUUGAAAUAAUCUAAUUUCUUGUUGGUUUUGUUGGGUUUUUUUUUCCUUUCUCCCACUGCCCUGACCUUUUCAGAAAGCAUUAGGUAGAAGGAAGGAUUCUUGCCAUCAUGUACUCUUCAGGGGAGAGAGGGGCCUGGGGGAUAAGGUGGAUUGUUUGACAGAUGCUGCUGUAUUGAACAGCCAUAACUUGGGCAUGAUAAAAACAGGCAAAGCUGUCCCUAGGCAGGUACUUUGUUUAUAUUUGUGCAAGGUUCUGUGGCCUGUUCUAACAGAACCUCAGUAAAGCAUUAGGAUUAUUGCUUUACCUUAUUCCCUUUCACCUCCAGUCUUGCCACCCAAUGAAAAAUUUGGAAUGGGGAGGGCGAGGAGUAGAAUUCCUUAACAAUAAUUGAACAAAUCCUCCCAUCCCUGCUCUCCCAUAAUCAAAGCUCAGGCAAACAUACAGGUAUCUGCCCAAGGCCCGUAAAUAUUUUAUUUAGCACAGGGCUUGCUUAAGCCUUGUGUUCAUUUUCCUUUUGGUAAUGAGACUGGAAAUCCCACAUAAGUUAGCUAAGUAAUCAGUUUGAUGGUCUGAUUUUAAAAUACAGUAGUACCUUUUUAAAGGAAAUUUGCAUAAAAUUGAAUUGAAAAAUUUCUUGCCUUUGCUAUGCUGGAUCUGUCCUUUCCGAAAUCAGUAAAUCCUUGUUACACUUAUGAUACAGAGGAGACCUGGGUAGCAACAAAGCACCAGCUAGGAGGAGCUAUUGUUCUUCUCCAAACUGCUGUAAAACCCCUCUUCUCUUCAUUCCCCAGUAAAGUAUUCUGGUGGUACAGGAGCAUUCCAGUGACAGGAACAGAUGGCUCUUCACUGCAGGUUCUGACCUAGUGUCUUUUGCUUAUACCACCCUCUGUUGAUAGUGGCUGGGUUAACUGAUUUUAGUUUUAUAAAGUAUUUCUUUUGUGAAAUUGAAAUAAAACAACAUAAUGUCAGCUUAAACCAU